UUGGAGAAAGGCUUGUUUGCUCGUUCGAAGGCGAGAGAGACAAAAUCAAAAACAAGAAAAGAUUUGCCCUGGUGCAAUGUGUUUAUAACUCUGGCUAACCGCACCUUAUAAACGAAAAUGGACGAGGAGAAAACGCCUAGAGAGCCGACGGACGAGAGUGAAGAAGCACUCGAACUUGAUGAGGUUAAAACUGACGGUAAUGUUGACAAUCGUAAUCUGCCAGGAUUACAAGACCUGAAAUCGAACGGCCCUGAAAAUUCGGCAGAAAACGGCGAAGAAGAAGAGAGAGGCGAAAAGAAUAAUCGCAACAUAGUCAACAAAAAUGGUGCCAAUGGGAUAGAUAGUGGACAAACAGACCUUGAUGCAACGCACGAGCAACUCGAAGUCCCUAAAGGGCUGCCUAACGACAAAGAAAAUAGCAGGGAUAGCAUCUCUGAAAACGCCAGUUCGACUGAGGGAUCUAACGAAGCAACAUCUCCAACUAAAUCAGUCAGUCCACGAAGAGCAAAAAGAAGAGCGAUAUUUGUAUCUUACGCGCCGGAGGCGAGUUUCUUAGAAAAACGCUUUAUUUCCUACACCACUAAAGAACUGAAAAAUAUCGGAUUUUGCGAUGAUAUUUGGUUCGAUAAAGACGACAGCCAGCCCAUAGAGAGUCCAUCUUGCUAUCAGCAGAGAUUAGAGAUUGUCGAAAAGUGCCGUGCAGCUGUUAUUUUCUUAUCUGAGUCCUACUUGAAUUCGUUGAUUUGUUGUCACGAAGGACGGAUAUUACUCAAUCGGGACGAGGAGAAAGAGGGAAACGAAGAGGUUGAAAAGCCUGUAAAAUUAUUCUGCAUUAAUCUGUCUGACAAGCUUCCACAAGAGUACAAACAACUGGCGGAGCGAGCGCUUAAUUUAAGUAAAUACUCUGCUUCAAGUGUGGCUGAACUUUCGUCAGUAGUGGUAGGCAAAUUCAGCGAAGCCCUGGAGAAGUAUGCUCCCUUAUUCGGCCUGCGCAUUCCAACUCCUCCAAGGGAACCAGACGUUUUGAAAUUAGACCGAAAGAAACCGGUAUCUUCGUGGAACAUCCACGAUGUACAGGCCUGGCUUGCUUCGUUUAAAAUGCAAGCACAUUGUGCUCUAAGCUUCGAAGAGAACGAAAUCGACGGCUUCUUGUUGGUUUCCAUGAAAGAAACUGACAUGGAAACCCAUUUAAAUAUUGACAGUCGAGUCGCUCGAAAGAAACUUUUGCAAGAAGCCAGGAAAAUUCAAGAGGAGCAAGAUCAACUCAAAGGAAAUUGGUAUUUGAAGUGCAAAAAGAGCAAAGUCAAAGAAGAUUCUGUAUAUGUUAUUUGCGAUCCCAGUGAUGCUCGGUUUUAUCAUAAUCUUCGAGCGGACUUGGUGCAGAAAAACCUCAAGGUGUUUAAACACGAGCGACUCGGACAAUCCAGGGAAGAAUUCCUACAGGUCAACUCUCCACACUUGGCCUCCUCUUCUCACGUGAUCGUCCUCCUCUCCACGGCAGCUGCUACGUCACUGUUUGUCUACAAUGAGGUCCUCUUUGCUGAUUGGUUAGGAAAACCUCUUCUAGUUGCUAUGACAGCCAACUCGUGGGAUAAACUUCGACCCAACCUACAAGCCAUCCUGGGAAGCUGCCCAGCAGUGAAUUUUCAGGAUAAUCUAUACGAAGAUAGUGUUGCCAUACUGUUGUACCGCUUAAAACCUUUUCGCAACAUGCCUGCCGUGAUCUUGGAGCAGGAAUUCUUGGAUAGAAUGUUUGAGGGUCUUAAACCCCUGAGAGUGAUGGCAGCAGUCCCUGAGAUGAGCAGUGUCGAGAUGGAAGACACAUCUCCACGUCCAAACCUUUUCCUCAGUUACCACUGGGAUGUACAAAAUAAAGUACAGGUACUUGUCCAGUUCUUAGAGAGUCACGGAUUCCAGUGCUGGACGGACGUGAGUAACGCAAACAAGCGUCACGCCGCGAGCAAAUCACCAACCCACGAGAACUCACAGAGUCAGAUUCAGCGAAACAUCAAGGCUGCUGUAGCUGUCGUGUGUUGCGUGACACCCAAGUAUGUUUGCUCCGAAAACUGCAUAAAGGAUCUCAGCCUGGCUGAAUCAAUGAACAAACCGGUCGUUCCCGUGAUGCUUCAGUGGUUGGCAUGGCCACCCGAGGGUGGUCGUGUGCGUAGGAUUUUGGCACCACUUCAAUGUAUUGAUAUGAGUAAUGACAGUUUGUUUAAGAGGAACCUGAGUACUGUUGAAAGCCAUUUGAGCAAAUUCGCGGGGAGCCAUAAUCCACGUGAUACGCAUGUGAUAGAGCACGUGCAAAUCGCCAGGAACCAGAGAUUAAAUCAAAAAUAGGCUGAUUUAGCAACAGAACGGGAACGUCAGUCGACGACGGCGUGCGCAAAUCAAACAACUGGCUUGACCAAUGGCAGAGCGGCAAAUUUAGCACCGGAAGUCGUGUUCAGUCCUUUCCGCGCGCUUUCCCGUCGUCAACUGACGUUCCCGUCCUGUUGCUAAAUCAGCCUAAUAUCAACAAAAAGCGUGAUUUGACACACGUAAAGUUUGAGCACAGGGCUGGGAAAAGUUGCGCAUUAACGUCACCGCAAAGUGCACACGCCGCCUUUAAAGAGAAAAAACAGCGCCAAGUUUCAACGAAGUCAAUUGGUGAAAAACAUCAACACACCCAGUUUUUGAAGCACAGGUCAAUAAAAUCAUUCACUUACACCUUGCUCCAGUGCCUCUAAACACUGACAGAACUGAAGGCAAAACAAGUUAUGGAUUGGAAACAAAAGCCUAGCCGUGUAUUGUCGUUGACCCUGCUGCCAUCUCGCGUAAAAAAAGCCAUUUUGAGAUAAUGUUGGUAGAAAGCUACUAGUCUGAAAUCGCUACAACGAUUGUUGAAAGUUCCAUCGCAAUCCAAGGGAUUUUUCUGACCAAAUCGAAACCGCUAGAAAGGAAAGGGUAGAGAAAAACAGAAAGACUUUGAACGAAUUAAUGUUAUGUAAAUAUCAGGUGUUGGAAAAAAGGUUUUUUGUGGACGAAACUGUGAAGUCAUUGGAGAAUUCAGAAAUAAAUUUCCUCUCUGA